AUGGUGCGGCUCGUUGGUCUAGGGACUCAUACAGGGACAGCAGGGAUUUCUUCCUCUGCUCCAAGCACUUCACACAUCUCCAGGCGGAGGUCUCUGCUGCUCCUACAGCACUGGAAUUCUUAUAGUCUUCAGGUGGCCUCUGCUCCAAGCACUUCACACAUCUCCAGGUGGAGGUCUCUGCUGCUCCUACAGCACUGGAGUACUUAUAGUCUUCAGGUGGCCUCUGCUCCAAGCACUUCACACAUCUCCAGGUGGAGGUCUCUGCUGCUCCUACAGCACUGUAAUUCUUAUAGUCUUCAGGUGGCCUCUGCUCCAAGCACUUCACACAUCUCCAGGUGGAGGUAUCUGCUGCUCAUACAGCACUGGAAUUCUUAUAGUCUUCAGGUGGCCUCUGCUCCAAGCACUUCACACAUCUCCAGGUGGAGGUCUCUGCUGCUCCUACAGCACUGGAAUUCUUAUAGUCUUCAGGUGGCCUCUGCUCCAAGCACUUCACACAUCUCCAGGUGGAGGUCUCUGCUGCUCCUACAGCACUGGAGUACUUAUAGUCUUCAGGUGGCCUCUGCUCCAAGCACUUCACACAUCUCCAGGUGGAGGUCUCUGCUGCUCCUACAGCACUGGAAUUCUUAUAGUCUUCAGGUGGCCUCUGCUCCAAGCACUUCACACAUAUCCAGGUGGAGGUCUCUGCUGCUCAUACAGCACUGGAGUUCUUAUAGUCUUCAGGUGGCCUCUGCUCCAAGCACUUCAUACAUCUCCAGGUGGAGGUCUCUGCUGCUCCUACAGCACUGGAAUUCUUAUAGUCUUCAGGUGGCCUCUGCUCCAAGCACUUCACACAUCUCCAGGUGGAGGUCUCUGCUGCUCCUACAGCACUGGAAUUCUUAUAGUCUUCAGGUGGCCUCUGCUCCAAGCACUUCACACAUCUCCAGGUGGAGGUCUCUGCUGCUCCUACAGCACUGGAGUACUUAUAGUCUUCAGGUGGCCUCUGCUCCAAGCACUUCACACAUCUCCAGGUGGAGGUCUCUGCUGCUCCUACAGCACUGGAAUUCUUAUAGUCUUCAGGUGGAGGUCUCUGCUGCUCAUACAGCACUGGAGUUCUUAUAGUCUUCAGGUGGCCUCUGCUCCAAGCACUUCACACAUCUCCAGGGGGAGAUAUCUGCUGCUCAUACAGCACUG